ACAAAGAUCAAGUGGAGUAUUCAGAUGUGAGUGUUAUAACAAGUAACGAGGAUUUCACACAAAGUGUGAAUGCCAGAAACGUAUAUUCAUAUGGGGCUAGGAACGAUGACACAGUUGACCAAUUAGCGGGUGAGAAUUACAAGGUAACAGUUUCACUUCAAUAUUUGAGUAUAAUAAAAAUUGUAAAAUAUUUUAAUUUAUAGAUCAAAGAUGUGGUGUCCUGUGUAGAUAAUAUUUUAUAUAAUAGACUGCCAUGGUUUGUGUCUGAACUCAGGGAUGGAUUUACUGGGGGAGGGGGUGGGGGGGGUGCACCCCCCCCCUAGCCCUGACCAGAGGGUGUGCAGGGGUGUGUGCUAUUUUUCAUUAUAAAGCAAAAAAAUUGUUUGAGACAAAAUGAGAUACAGUAAUUUGAGUAAUAACAUGAUGAUAAGCGAACUGUGAUGUAAGCGAACAUGAUGAUAAGCAAACAAUUACAAUUCAAAUACAGUAGUCAAGCAAGACUUUGCAAUAGUGAAACAAGUUGAUGGGCGGGUGACACAACUUGGCACCAGAGCUGGCAGAGCACCCCCCCCUACCAGAUCAUGCUGGAUCCAUCCCUGUCUGAACUACCUGGAAAGUUUUCUCAAAUGUGCAAGUCCAGUGUUGGUUAAGCAUUCUACAACAAGCUGCCUUGAAGCUGAUAUAUGUGUUGCUAAUCUCCACUCGAAAAAGGGCCUCUGCUUGAAAUAGAGUAGUUUUGCUCAAUGUAGUUUGACAGAAAGCAUGGACUGAAACUAAAUAUGUUUCUUCUUGGUCUUAAAUCACAAGCCUAAUCCUAACCCCAUUUUGCACAAAACAUGAAGAAAUUACCACGUGAAAAUGAGGCUGUUCGGGCAAGAGUGUUGUGCCUUCCUAGGUUGGUGAUAAAAUAAUCCUGGUGUUUCCAAACCAUGUGAAGGGAUACUUAGCACUUCCAAUCAUGCUUCAUUCUUCAAGUUGCAAUGACUACAAUACUGCAGGUAAAUUAUGUAUCUUUCGUAAAAUUAUGUAUUGUAUUGAGUCUAUUUAGUAUUAUACUACUGUAGUUGGGCAAUUAGCAAUCUCGUUCCCCGAGCAUGCCCGUUCGCAGGUUAAGGGUGGGCAUAGCUCUGGAGAAAUCGAAUUGAUUCAGGCCUGUGAUUGGCUAACGGCAGAUAGUACGUUGGAUUUCCAACGUGAGUUCUAUAUAAACAAAGUAUUUGGAAUUUCUCGUCGAAAAUUUGAUACUAGAAAUUCUGGAGGAAAUAUGUACGAAAGCUGCGGAUUGAUAGGGAUACAACUACCUGAAAAAUACAAGGAGAACUUCGACGUUUCGAGCGAAGGCGCUUCGACACCGUGCUUCGACUUGAGCUGUUUAGUGUUUGUAUACAUCGUACUUGACCUUGACUUAUACUGUCAUACCUAACACUACGUAUACAGAAGAGUUAAAUGUAAAUUUUAAAGCAUAAAAAUAUAUAAUACUUAUUAUUGAGGAGAUUAUAUGUAUACAAACACAUAACAGUACAGAUCGAAGCGCCUUCGCUCGAAACGUCGAAGUUCUCCUUGUAUUUUUCAGGUAGCUGUAUCCCUAUCCAACCGAAGCUUUCGUACAUAUUUCCCCCAGAAUUUUUAGUUGUUUUCAAUUCGAUUUCAGUGUAAAAUGUAUCAAAUUUUCGACGCGAAAUUCUAUAAAAUACUUUAUUUAUAUUUUGCAACAUUGCCGAGCAUGCGUAGAACUCACGUUGGAAAUUCAACGUGAAUCAAUUCGAUUUCUCCAGAGCUAUGCCCAACCUUAACCUGCGAACGGGCAUGCUCGGGGAACGAGAUUGGGCAAUUAGCCAUUCCGAAGUUGAUGAGAGGACUGGGGACGAAUGUUAAAAAGUGCCCAAAUUACGAAAUGAACUAAAUCGCUAAAAAGACCACCUCAGAAUUAGUAAGUAUACAAUGUUUGAAGACGUCUACAUGAAUACCCUUCGAAUAAUAAGCUUUCGAAAAUGGUGAUAUUUACUAUGAAAUGUAUUGUAAUUUUUGUUUUUGGGGACGCGCGUCCCAAAAACAAUUUUUUAAUCAGUAAUUUCACAAUUUUCGAAAGCUUAUUAUUCGAAGGGUAUUCAUGUAAACGUCUUCAAACUUUGUAUACUCACUAAUUUUGAGGUGGUCUAUUUAGUGAUUUGGUUCAUCUCUUAAUUUGGGCACUUUUUAACACUCGUCUGGGGUGUUGGUUGACUUGGUUCGUUAUAGUCAUUAUAAUUUUGAAUGGUCCAUGCCAGUGUAGGUAGUGGCAAUGAUAAGAAAGCGUUGGAUUGAUAGGAAUACAACUACCAGGAAAUUACAAGGAGAAUUUCAAUGUUUUGAGCACUUAAAAAAAAACUUUAAAAAAACUAAAAAAGUAGCAGGGCUGCAAAUUACUGUCGGACAUCGGACAAUGUCCGACUAAAUUUGGCAAAUGUCCGAGCAAAAAUAAUUUUGAUCGGACGUCCGAUCACACAAAAAAAAAAUUGUCACAUACAUUUUUUUGCUGUGACAAAAUCCGAUUGCAAAUUUGCAUUUUGCAAUAUAAAGGCAUUCCAGCAUUUUACUUAACGUUGCGCCGGAAUGGCUAUACAUACUUGUCUCGUGACUUAUAUAUCUUGUGACGUAUAUAUGUCUGACCAAAUUUAGUGAUGUUGGUUUUUGUCCGACCAAAUUCAAGUUAUGUCCAACCAAAAUUAAAGAUGAUCGGACAAAUGUCCUGUCAAUUAAGUCAAAUAUUUGCAGCCCUGAGUAGUUUAUAUAGUAGCCCGCGUGCAAGCCCACUAUAGUUAUAGCGAACUACAUUUUGCCUAAAAGUAGCCAAGUAGUUGACUAUUUUUCAAACAGCGAAUCGCUAUUUGCUACUUUUUAAAAUUAUUAGCAACUUGAUAGAAUAGCAUGAUAUUGAGACAGGGUUUGCUUAAAAUCAAAACUCAAUUGUCAAUUUUCACUCCUGAACACUGUAGUGUGUACAAAAAUGUUGCUUUGUGUUUACUGUUGCUACUCGUAAGUCGAUUGGUUAUAGGUUACAUUACAGCCUGAGUUAGUAGAUGCUCCAAAUACAGUAAAACUAAAAAAUAUAGCGUAGCGAAAUAGCGAAAUAGUUCGCUACAUUUUUUAAGCAGUAGCUGUAGUCAGUAGCGAACUACCUUUGUUCAAAAGUAGCAGUAGUUGUAGCUGACUACAUAUUUUUGAAGUAGCUGUAGUUAUAGCGAACUACAAAAAUUUGUAGUCAACCCACCCUUGAUUUUUACUCAAUAACUUCUUAACAAAUGGCCUUCACUUAAAACGUCGAAGUUCUCCUUGUAUUUUUCAGGUAGUUGUAUCCCUAUCAAGGGUGCAUGGGUUGACUACAAAAUUUUUGUAGUUCGCUAUAACUACAGCUACUUCGAAAAUAUGUAGUCAUGCAGCUACAACUACUGCUACUUUUGAACAAAGGUAGUUCGCUACUGACUACAGCUACUGCUUAAAAAAUGUAGCGAACUGUUUCGCUAUUUCGCUACACUAUAUAUUUUAGUUUUACUGUAUUUGGAGCAUCUACUAACUCAGGCUGUAAUGUAACCUAUAACAAAUCCACUUACGAGUAGCAACAGUAAACACAAAGCAACAUGUUUGUAAGCACUAUAGUCUGCACUACAGUGUUCAAGAGUGCAAAUUGACUAUUGAGUAUUGACUUUAAGCAAACCGUGUCUCAAUAUCAUGCUAUUCUAUCAAGUUGCUAACAAUUUUAAAAGGUAGCGAAUAGCGAUUCGCUGCUUGAAAAGUAGUCAACUGCUUGGCUACUUUUAGGCAAAAUGUAGUUCGCUAUAACUACAGCUACUGUUUUAAAAAAGUAGUCAAAAACUACUGGCUACUUGAAAAUUGUAGUUCGCUACAGUAGCGAACUACAACUACUUCGCUACAACCCACCCUUGAUCCCUGUCAAUCCAAAGCUUGAUCUUAUAGUGAAUGUUUCAUUUUUUCAGGAUAUUUUCAAGAUGACGCGACAGAAUGUGUGCGAAGUUUCUCUGAUCUGUCCUCAGAGUGUUCUAACUUACCUAUGUUGUCAGCUGGAAGUUAUUACUCAAAUUUUCAAGUGGCAAUGGUAUGCAGUUUAAAAAGUGUCGAUAUAUAAAUAGACCUUUCCCCUUUUUAGUGAAAUUUUGAUCUAGACUAGCCUGGACAAAAAUUUCAUCACAGCUUGAAAGCAUCACAAAAUUAGUAAUAUUCCGAAGUUUCGUUGCGAAAUGUUGUAAAAUGCGGAUAAUAUAGCCUUGCAAAGUUUGCCGUUUUUCAGUCAUUUUGUAUUACAAAUGGGAAAUUGAUAAUCAGUUUGAUCAUCUGAUUAUCAAUUUUCCGUUUGCAAUGCAAAAUGACUGAAAAACGGCAAACUUCGCAAGGCUAUAUUAUCUCCAUUUUACAAAAUUUCGCAACGAAACUUCGGAAUAUUACUAAUUUUGUGAAUUGUGAUGCUCUUUCAAGAUGAAAUUUUUGUCCAGGCUAGUCUAGAUCAAAAUUUCACUUAAAAGGGGAAUGGUCUAUUAACAGCCUUUAAAUGGCAAUGUAGCGCUGAUGGCAAUGUGCCCAAUGUGUCCUACAGUACUUUAUUAUUUUACUCUAUUUAACACCAGACAAGUUCACUCUUCAAGGGGAGAGGGGUUAAUCAGAUUCUCUGACCACUAAGCUCCUGUUAACCGUUUAAGUGGCAACGUGCCCAAUGCGCCCUACUUUAUUAUUUUUGCCGCCGCAGCGAGCGAGCAUUAAGUGAGCGAGCAAGGCAGCACACUAAAAUCGUACACUAUUUAUUACUCUAUUAGUUUAGGUUUUUGUCGAGGGUCGAGUGUCGAGGGUCCAAUGUCGAGGGUGAGGGUAAAAAGGCGCUAGAUACCAAGCCUUUUUAACACGUCUUCUCUAGCCGCGUUGUGAAUCGUAAACUCUCUUAUUUCUGGAAUACAGCUACAGUAUUGCAUUUUUUGGGACAUCCUGUAUCAAUUCUAUGUUCAGUAAUCUAUUGUUACUAUAUUCUCUAGUCUCCACAAGCGUUUGUACUCUCGCGAAACACAACUUCAAAUUCAUCAGCAAGAUCUGGAAGUUUCAACACAUCUCUGGUGUUUACACCUCAGCUGUCUGUACCAUUACUGUGUCGUGACAACACUGGAGUGCUAAAUCAAUGUAGUUUUACUUCACCGCCUGCGCCAGUCUAUAACAUGACUACAAACACGUGUGAGAAUGUCGUCACAGAGGUGAGAUGUUGUUAACAUGCAUCCUCACAAUUUUGAUAAAUCUGUGUCUAUUAAAACAGAAUAAGCGCAGAUGUUUUUCAAAAUUUGCUUAAUAUCCGCUAAAGGAAUACAUUAAUGGUUAAUUUUGAUAUUCGAAUGAUAUUCAAGUGAUAUAUUCUAACAAAUUCUAACUACUAUUUACAGCUCGAACGGGCAAAUAGUUUCAAACUAAGCACAAACUUUUUGGCAUAGUUUCAAACUAAGCCAAAACCAACCACAAAGCGGGUUAUUCUGGCUAACUAUUUUCCUUGGUUUUGGCUUAGUCGUACUGCUAUUAUUGGCAAGCAAGUUAAUCUUGGCUUGGAAAUAAGUAUGAAUGACACAAAUUACUUAAUAUCUUCACAAUAUUUAGUUCAAAAUUAAUACAUUGUGCUGAUAUUAAUUUGUGUCAUUCAGACUUAUUUCCGACAUUUUCUCUGACGGCACUGUAAAAGAUAUUUUAAGGCCUGUAAUUACAUAACUCGCCCAAAUACUCAUGGUAUUUAAAAAAAUUAAAUAUCUUAUUUUCUUUAUAUUAUUUUUAGGUCGCCUAUACAUUUAUUUAUUCUAACGAAAGUUCCAACUUGGAGCAACUGAAUGUCUCAUUUGUUCUUGAAAAUAUUCGAGACAAUUCUCUACAGAAAUUUUCGAUCAAAUUUCUCAAGGUAUUUACUGUAAAAAUUCAUCAUGUGACGUCCAGUGUGGGUUACUGGGACUGAGAAUGACAGACACAAAAAUGGGCCUGGAAAAACUAUACCGUAAACCUCCGACUAUAAGCCCCCCCCCCCCGAAUAUAAGCCCCCCGUGUAUAAGCCCACCACAUGUACCAACGCUCACCUCAUUCCAAUUAAAAGCCUCCCCGAAUAUAAGCCCACCCGAAUAUAAGUCCCCCGAAUUAAUAUAAGCCCAGUAAUCGCUGCUUAAUACAUGUUUAUUUUCCUGUUUAUGACUGACUUUUUUAUGUCUCACUUGUUUGUUACUAACACAAAAGAUCGUCCAUGUAUAAGCCCCCCGUAUAUAAGCCCUCCCAUUGUAUAAGCCCAUCAAAAAUCGCUUACGAAAGUAUAUAAGCCCAGGGCUUAUAGUCGGAGGUUUACGGUAUACCGUACCAGAAUGUUUUCUGUGGACAUUUCCAAGCCUGAAAAUAAAUUUCCAACGGUGCCUGACAAAGUGUCAGGUACCAAAUGAUUGGUGCCUGACACUAGACAUUUUGUGCCUGACAAAAAUAUGAACGCAAUAGAGCAAAUAUAGUUUUCCGUGGUCCUUGAAAUAAAAGAAGCCAAUGAAAAGCUUUGUAACAAAUAUUUUGAAAUAUUAUAAUGAAAUUUUUAAUGCCAGUUACAGACUGUUUCACCAAUAGUUGUCUGUCUGGCAAAAAACCCAGUUGUGUCGGACACUGAUCAUCUUUUCGUACCGCACAAUGUCCGUGACCGGCUGCUUAUUUUCAGGCUUGGACAUUUCAGAGUGAAAUAGCUUGAGCAGCUUCUGAUCUAGAACGUCCAGGGCAACUGCAUUUAACCGAGUUCUGGUUCGAAGAGGUUAUUUUUCCUGCUGUUGCGAAUCCAGUGAUCUACUUGCACAGUGAGCUUUGCCUGUUUUGUGUAAUUGUAGAAUAGAACGGGUUGUGAUAUAUGUGGAAACUUUUCCACAGCAAAACCGUUUCUAAAGAGAAAUAGGUUUUUAAAGUCAUCACAAAGAUGAACCACCUACUCUGGAAUUUUCUUUCAAUCUCGCAUUUAUGACUUGGAUUUGGUCUAAAAAAUUUGGGAAAUGGGAUCAACACCCCCAUGCCCACCUCCACACCGCACCCCCGCCCAAUCCCAACCUACUCCCAGCCCUUCAGGUAUCCGUUUUAAGUCCUGGCCAAUAAUAAUUUGGGUGUGGCCAAUACUGUUUUGCUCUACUGAGGCUCCGGCUAUUAAUUGAUGAGCAAAGCGAGUAUGCAAAGUAUGGAAGGUCGAAGCUUCAAGGCGGCAAGUUGAAAGGUGGGCACACUGGGCAAAGGCUUGCAAGCUUUGUCUAUUUGGUAUAGCCUAUUGUGCGAGAAGAAGGCUAAAAAUUUCAGCCUGUCAUGACUGCAAGUACCGGCAAAUUACACACAGCCUCUGGCGAGUGGCUGUCAAAUGUCUUCUUAGCGCUGACGAAAUUUGCCGUUCGCCGGCUUAAAACAGGAUGGAUGAGUACUACUCCCCUACCUCCUUUCAUUACCCUUGAUAUAAUGAUGGGUUCAAGUUGUGAUGAUUUGUGAUCUUUUUAGGAAGGAAAGGAGGACGUCUUUACGAAAUCUGGAAAUCCUGGAUAUUUAGUUGAUCAACCGAUACUAGCUGGACUUCUUCAACUUAAUCUAGCCACAAAUAAGUAUGAUCUUGUAUGGAUUGUGCCAGUGAUGGAUUCGUCUUCUUUUCAAUCCUUUGGUCAAACUAACUCGUGGUCUUUUACUAUUUUCAGGAAAGCUAUCAUAUUAAGUACGAACAGCAAAGAAUGGCUGACUGUUCCCAAGGCCACGGUGGAUGGGUUCUGGAGUGAAUGA